AUGCUGCGAGUUGUUGCUCUCCUUGCUGUGCUACUCGUCGCUGUGGCAGCACGACAGCUUCCCGACGUAGUCUGCUCGCUACCGGCUUGUACGAGCUUGGACAGGCUGCGCGACGAUGCCCGCGGGGUGAGCUUCCAUCCAUGUCCCGGCCAGGUCGUCGCACAAACCAGGUUGGCCGCCGUGGAUAUUGCGCCCGACUCGCCCAUAGCCCAGCAGAUCUGGGACACCGAUCCCACCCCCGACGCAUACUGGAUCGCACAGCUUCCGAUGCCUCCGCAACUUCCAUCGCUCCCUGUCAUGCCACCUCCGCGCAUGAUCAAAUUCGCCAGAUCCGUCGAUCCCACCUUGGACGACGAUCUCCUGCCCCUCCCUUAG